CGAUGCUUUGUCUAUAACCUGGUAUUGUAAAAGCAAAACUGUCUUAUUUCAAGGUCCUCGUGGCAGCGAAGUGGCUGACUCUUUGAAGAAAAAUAUCGAUGCAUUGCGAAUUGCAAUAGUGAAAGAUGCCGAGCUAAUCAUUGCUACCCCUGCUGUUUCCGAAAGACGGAAUGAAUCUAUCGAUAAUCAGUGUAGUCUCAGUAUUAACAAUUCUAACUCGAACAUGUUUGACAGAUCUAGUAAUACAACAACAACUAUCAACCGAAGCGACUCGGAUGCUAGCGAAGGAAAAGCAAAUGAGAAAGAAAUGUGUUCACACAAGCAGAACGAAGGCGAUUAUAUAAUGAAUUGCAAAGACUGUAGUAAAUUAUCUGUAGAA